AUGUCUUCGCGGGGUGUCGCUGCCGAUUCCACCGAAGAUGUGGCUAUUUCGGUAUACCAUCGCGCGACCGAGGACUUUGUGCGUGCGUACAAUCGGGAGGCCCGACUGAUACUCGAGUUGAAACGCACCGAUAACGGGGCAGCCGCGGACAGACACGUGGCCCUCGGUACCUUGGUAGCGCAAUACGCCGCGUGCUACGACCGCUUCAUCGUCGAUCAGACGGAUCGACAAUUUCUGCGCAGCGAAGUGGUCGCUCGAUGCAUGCAAGCGCUGUCGUUGCGAUCUAUGCAAUUGAGCGGUUUCGCCGACUUGGCGGUGUCGCUCGGCACCGUACGAAACAUUCACGCCGACAUCGAACGAGCGCGACGCCGUUUGGACGACGCACGGGACAGCGAUGCCGCGGCGGGUGACGAUUCCGCGGACGACGGCGAUCCGCGUACGCGCACCGACGGGCUGUACGAGUAUAUUGCGCACGAGAGUUUGAAAGUGUCGCUCAACGAUUUGCCCGAGGACCAGCACGCGCAAUUGCUCACCGCGUACUUUGUCAUCAGCGGUAGUAACGGCGCCGUGACGGCCGGUGACGACGACGACGUUGCCGCUGCUAAACGAGCUAGCGCGCGAGCGGGCGCCAAUGUCAUUCUAUACGGGCCGCCCGGCACCGGUAAAACGGCAGCAGCACGCGCGAUCGCGCGCUCGCUCGGUCUCGAUCUAGCGUUUGUCAAUGCGGAAAAUUUACUGUCGGCGCAUCGCAGCGAGACCGAGAAGAAUCUGCGCGCGUUGUAUCGAAAGAUGCGCGCUCUCGUUCGCGUCACCGGACGCAACGUGGUGAUGCUGCUGGACGAAGUGGACGGCUUGGUGAAGAAUCGCAGUAACGCCAGUGUCACGAGCGGCGAGUACAGUCUUCUCACGCGAUUUCUCAUGAUUCUUGAACCGAACGACAGCACGGACAACUACGGAAUGUUUAGCAUAUUCACGACCAAUCGACUGAGCAAUCUGGACGAUGCGUUUCGCCGUCGGUGCGCCACCGUGUUUAUGGCUACGUGA